AUGGUUGAGGAACUCAAGGCAACAAGGACCAGAGCUACAAAGGAGGCACUGAUCCAACAGUUGUUGUCAGGAAGUCCCUACUUUCCAAAGUUAUGGGGUACGCUAGACCUCGGAAACGAACUCUGCCAGGCCGUCGAGUUCAUCGGAUGCAAGAAGACAGGCACUGGCUACCCUCUCCACGCACCACCACGUCUAUCAGUCAGCAACGUUGUCAAGAUCGCAGAGGAUAUCGUCAAGGGAAUGAAGGAGUUCCAUGAUCACGGACUUCUCCAUAAUGACUUGAAGAAUGAUAACGUGCUGUUAGAAAAACGCGGCAAACGAUACAACGCCGUCAUCAUCGAUUUCGGCAUGGCGAGCACAAUGACGGCACCAGCAAAAAUGGUUGGGGUCACCAAAGAACUGAAAAUGGCAUAUGUGCACGGAGGGGAGGCGGACUACAUAGCACCUGAGGUUGUCCUGGAUGAACAGCCGACAUCAGUUGCUUCAGACGUGUUUUCGAUCGGCCGUAUCUUUUCGGAUAUGGGAGAGAUAUUCGAAGAUCUCCACUCUCCCGUGGUUCGAACACUGACCAAGAUAGGAUCUAAGUGCAUGGCAAAUGAUCCUGAUCACCGCCCAAGCCUUGAUACCAUCCAAACUCAAAUCGACAAACUCCAACGGCCAAGUAGAUGGAGGCGUGUCAAGCGAUGGUUCGCAAGAAAACUACAUCUACGCAGAAAGUAG